CCCGUUUCUCGCGAGAGUUUUCCGUACGACGGUUACCUAUAAACCCGAUCACGAAGUUUAGCUCUUUGGCUGUGCUCAGCUGCUCAAAAUGACACUGUUAAAGUGUCAGCAUUGUAUUGGAGAAGAUAAAGCAGCAGAGGACACAGAUCACGUGGAGAAAAUCUUGCCACCAGGGUACAGUCAUCUGCUGUGUCGUCAUGAACUGCUGGAAAUGUCAGGGGAUGUUGAAAACUUUCGAGCGGGUCUUAAAUUGCAGCUGACUACAGAGGAGGAGGUCCAAAAGUGGCUGGAGGACUUCCAAAAGACCUCAGCUUUAACAUGGAGGAAAUCCAGGACAUACCCUGAUUCUGGACGCUACAACAAAUACAGAGUGGAUCUGAGAUGCCAACACAAAACGUACAGUUCAUCAUCCAAGACAUCCAAAAAUACCAACUGCCCUGCUACCAUGUUUCUGAUUCUCAAGAGACAUAUGUAUGAAAGAAAGUCCAGAUCAGGAGACCCGCACAUAGAAGAGGGCUAUUUCCUUCAUGUGAACUUGAGGAACGAACAUAAUCAUAGACUGAACACUGCUGAGGUCAUGAGGUGGAGAGAUGUGUCUAAUGACACCAUUGAAAAGCUACAUCAGCUCUACAGAACUGGUCACUCUCCUUCAUCUGCACUCAAAAGCAUUAAAUACAAUCUGCAGGAAGAGGAAGGUGAUAACUACAUUUACGCUAUUGCAGAUCGAUCCAUUUGCCCGGACCUUCAGUUCUGCUACAGAUUAUACUACAAGCUUUUUCAAAAGUCAUAUGCUGAACCUGCAGAGAAGGACAUUUCAGAAGAGCUUUUUAAACCAUUAGAAUUGGAACAGUCAUGGGAGACGACAACAGUGACAGAUGGACACACUACAUGCAUUGAAGAUGGGGUGUCUGUAACUACUCUACCAGUCAUCACCACAGAAGGAGAAGAUUUUUCAGAAGACAAUGAGCCAGGCCCAAGUGGAGCUGAAGAGGUCGUCGGGUCUUUGGAUGGACAGCUCGAGGAGAUUUUUGGGAUGCUAAAAAAGAAGCUAAACGAGGAUGCAAGUUUUACACCACCUAUAAGAGCGUUUGUGUCCAAUUUCUUUCAAAUAAAGACUGACAGUGCUCUGCAGUCAUCACUUUUUUGUUUUGGUAAGGCCACUCAGACAAUCAAUCAGAUCAGUGUACAACCUGCUGCAGGUCCACGGAGGAAAGGGGCUCUGGCUGGACGUAGAGCUGUUGGCAGACCCCCAAAGAGCUCAAGAAGAGAGCACCCAUACUGCAACAGCAGAUCCAACAACACUCCCCAAACUCUCACAUUCUGUUUGCAGGAAAACAACACCCUUGAGAAGACAGUCCCCAACACACCACCACCAGCUUUUGGUGUGUGUGAAGGUCCAACUACUGUCUAGAGGAUAUUAAAUUAAUAAGCCUUAAGAAGCUGGGCUUUACAGUGAACAUCAUGAAAUCAUCUACUUUAUAUCUCUGGUCUUCUUGUGCACAAUUCAACAGUGCAUGUUGUUCUAGAAGAGGAAAUGUUUGUUUGUAUAUUUAAUUACAAUGUAACGACUUAUUGACUUUGUUCUGAUGUGUGGGUAUGAAACACACUUUUCACCAUGCAGG